AAGAAUAAAAAUUAUAAUGUGGCGUUUAAUUUGUACACAGACUUCCUAAAUAGUUAUAUCUCUAAUAAUCAAGACAAUAUAAUCCAAAAUUAUAAGGAAGAAUGUGAAAAAAUAAUACUUGAAAAAUCGGCUAAAGUAAUAGAACUAUAUGAGAAUUUCAAUAAUGAUUCCAAAAUAUGCAAGUGUGAUUGCGCAAAAAAAUGUUCAGAUUUAUAUAUUGAGUAUGUAAAAGAAUGUAAUAAUAAUGACAAUGAUUACUGUAGAGAACUAGAGAAUUUUAAACAUAAAUAUGAAGAAAAGAUGAAAUCUAUAGAAACAUGUAGUAACGGUGCACACAAAAUAUUGCCAUCUCCUAUAAAACAAGAUCUUCGUGUUAUUGUAAUAAUUCCUAUAAUCAUACUAACAACAUUGUCCUUUCUACUAUUUGUACUAUAUAAGGUUAAAUUAUUUGAUUUACCGAUUAAUAAUAGAUAUUACACAUAUUAUUGCAUAUUUUACUAA